UCUGUUUUUACCUCGUCUGUUCGUCUCCCAAAUUCAGAAACGGGUAAAGUGUUUGUGUGCAGUUUAUAACGACAUAAGUGAAUUGAAUGUGACUUCCAAAUUUAAGCAAUAAUAAUGAAGAUCGAGUAUAAGUCAGAGGCUCAACCAGUUAAGAAAUCAGCUAAAAGAUAAGGAUUCAAGAGUGCGAGACGAUUAUCAGGGUAAAAUCCCUAACCCUAAAUAUUGGUACGCCAAUAUAUCAAAUUGCGAGUUUUGUUGAAUGAAAAAAGCAUGCUCAAAAAUCAGUGUAAGGGUAAAAGGUCGAGGUUGGGUUGUUGCCGUGUGAGAGUUCAGGUGAGGAUAAAAAUGGUUGCAGUUUCAGUGGGAGACAACAAAUACUUUCAUAAGAUUUGUUUAUUCCAAUAUUCUACUUUGAAAAAUGUACCCAAUUAUAACAAUCUCAUCCAAGUAUAUACACGACAAGUUUCACUGCUAUGAUUGGUAGAAGUUUCAAAGUACAUACAUGGUUGUAAUAUGCUGAAAUGAAAGUAAGAUGCUAUAGUUGAGAAAUAAAUGAAAAUACUUUGUUAUUACUUGCAUUUAGUCCAAUUAUUAAAAUUCUGAACUUAAAUUAUGUCAACGCACCGUGAUCUCUCUGUUAUUACAAAUUUAUUAGUACAUAUCUUGUUGACCCCCUUGAAGAUGGACAUGUUCAUCUUCUUUGCGCAUAAUUUAUAUAUUUUUUGGGUGGAUCAAAUUUUGUUACAUUCCUUAUUUCCAGCCUAAUACAUAUCAAAAGGAAGUAUAAAAAUGAGCCAAAGGGAAACUACUUAUCAGUUUGAAAAUUUAACAACAAUAAAAUACUUGGAAAAAGAAACAAUGGAAAUGUAAAAAGUUAAAAAUUAUGCAACAAACUCUCAACGAUUGAUGGCAUAGAGCUACUUUGGUCACCAUUACGUUGCAAACCAUCUCAAAGGAAAACCUUUUGGCUAUCAACAAAUGUGCCCAAAGAAAUCAAGAUCAUAAAAAGCAAAAUUAUAAUCAGUAUGUAAAAGAAUAAGUUUUGAGAAACUUUAUGAUUUAGGUUUGGGAUUUCGUUUUUCCAAAGCUUGUUACAUGUUUGAUGUGGUAAUGUUUGGAUGCCAAUUUGGUAUAUGUACUGCUCAAUUACUUUUCUUGGAUGUUAUAUUUAACGUCAUUGAAAAACAAAAUUAAAUAAAUGCUAACAUGUUACAACUUACAAUUUCUCUAAGUUGAAAAUGUUAUAAUGUGAAGGAAAUUAUAAGUUGGUUACCCAGUAGUUUAAAAUGAAAAUUAUCAAAUUAUAUUUGACAUCGUCAAUGGUAAAUUCGUUGUUACUUUUUCAGUAAUAAUUUUGAAAAUUAAAAUCUUGAUGAUUUAUGGAUAGCUUCUCGACUGCAUCUAAUACUUAUUUUUGCUUGACAUUGAAUUAAUGCUAUAAUAAACCUUUUUCAUUUACUUAUGGCUAAUUAUUAGCUUCUAAUCACUAAAUUUUUCUAUUUUUAUAUUUAUGAGACAAACAAAAGUUCAUAUAAGAGAUAUACCUUUAAUCAUUAAUGAAGAGACGAGAAUUAAAUAAGCAGUAAGGAUACGAAACCCCCUACAAGGGCCUGACAUCUAAAUGCUUUUGCUUUUCCGUGUUGAUGCUUUAGCUUUUCUCUCUUUAAAUACCCUUCUGAGUAUGUUAUUCACAAAAGUUUGAGAGAGUUUCAGAGAAGACGAUUGCAAGAACAAAGCAAAGGUCCAGGUGCUACCACAAGAAUAUCCAACAAUGGAAACAGCUAAUGAAAUUAUGAAACAAGUUGUUCCAAUUCUCAUGAUUCCCAUUAACAGAUACCUACGUUACCUCAUUUUGUGCACAAAGUACAUGAGAGACAUGGGUAUCAAAAUCAUAGAACUGAAUGCUGCAAAAGUUGGUGUUGAAGAGAAAACAAGGCACAACAUUAGUAACAAUCUUGAGGUUCCAGCUCAAGUCAAGGGUUGGCUGGAUGAUGUAGGAAAGAUCAAUGCACAAGUGGAAAAUGUUCCUAACAACAUUGGCAGUUGUUUUAAUCUAAAGAUUAGACACACAGCCGGAAGGAGUGCUGUCGAGAUAAGUGAGGAGAUCGACAGUGUCAUGAGACGAUACAAAGAGAUCAAUUGGGCUGAUCAUCCCAUUCCUCCAGGAAGGGUUCAUUCCAUGAAGUCAUCUACGUCUACACUAUCAACUAAACAUAAUGACUUCCAAUCAAGAGAGUUGACUUUUACAAAAGCACUCAAAGCACUCGAUCCGAACCACAAAUCCCAUAUGAUAGCCUUAUGUGGGAUGGGUGGAGUGGGGAAGACCACAAUGAUGCAAAGGCUGAAGAAGGUUGCCAAAGAAAAGAGAAUGUUCAGUUAUAUCAUUGAGGCGGUUAUAGGGGAAAAGACAGACCCCAUUUCCAUUCAGGAAGCUAUAUCAUAUUACCUUGGUGUAGAGCUCAAUGCAAAUACUAAGUCAGUAAGAGCCGAUAUGCUUCGUCAAGGGUUCAAGGCCAAAUCUGAUGUAGGUAAGGAUAAAUUCUUAAUAAUACUCGACGAUGUAUGGCAGUCUGUUGAUUUGGAAGAUAUUGGAUUAAGUCCAUUUCCAAAUCAAGGUGUUAACUUCAAGGUCCUGUUAACAUCACGAGACCGACAUAUUUGCACUGUGAUGGGGGUUGAAGGUCAUUCGAUUUUUAAUGUGGGACUUCUCACAGAAGCAGAAUCAAAAAGAUUGUUCUGGCAGUUUGUAGAAGGUUCUGAUCCUGAGCUCCAUAAGAUAGGAGAAGAUAUUGUAAGUAAGUGUUGUGGUCUACCCAUUGCCAUUAAAACCAUGGCAUGUACACUUAGAGAUAAAAGUACGGAUGCAUGGAAGGAUGCACUGUCUCGUUUAGAGCAUCAUGACAUUGAAAAUGUUGCCUCUAAAGUUUUUAAAGCGAGCUAUGACAAUCUCCAAGACGAGGAGACUAAAUCCACUUUUUUUCUAUGUGGAUUGUUUCCAGAAGAUUCCAAUAUUCCUAUGGAGGAGUUGGUGAGGUAUGGGUGGGGAUUGAAAUUAUUUAAAAAAGUGUAUACCAUAAGAGAAGCAAGAACUAGGCUCAACACUUGCAUUGAGCGGCUCAUCUAUACAAAUUUGUUGAUAAAAGUUGAUGAUGUUCAGUGCAUCAAGAUGCAUGAUCUCAUCCGUUCUUUUGUUUUGGAUAUGUUUUCUAAAGUUGAGCAUGCUUCGAUUGUCAACCAUGGUAAUACGCUAGAGUGGCCUGCAGAUGAUAUGCACGACUCUUGUAAAGGGCUUUCAUUAACAUGCAAGGGUAUAUGUGAGUUUUGUGGAGACCUUAAGUUUCCAAACCUAAUGAUUUUAAAACUUAUGCAUGGAGAUAAGUCUCUAAGGUUUCCUCAAAACUUUUAUGAAGGAAUGCAAAAACUUCAGGUUAUAUCAUACGAUAAAAUGAAGUACCCAUUGCUUCCCUUGUCAUCUGAAUGCUCCACCAACCUCCGAGUGCUUCAUCUCCAUGAAUGUUCAUUACAAAUGUUUGAUUUCUCUAGUAUUGGAAAUUUGUUAAACCUCGAAGUGCUCAGCUUUGCUGAUUCUUGCAUCCAAAUGUUACCUUCCACAAUCGGAAAUCUAAAGAAGCUAAGGGUACUUGAUCUGAGAGGUAGUGAUGAUCUUCAUAUAGAACAGGGUAUCUUGAAAAACUUAGUCAAACUGGAAGAGCUGUAUAUGGGAUUUUAUGAUGAAUUUAGACAUCGAGGUAAGGGUAUAUACAACAUGACAGAUGAUAACUAUAAUGAAAUAGCAGAACGUUCAAAAGGUCUUUCUGCAUUAGAAAUUGAGUUCUUUCGAAACAAUGCCCAACCAAAGAAUAUGUCGUUUGAAAAACUUGAGAAAUUCAAGAUCUCAGUGGGACGACGUUAUUUAUAUGGAGAUUACAUGAAGCACAUGUAUGCUGUCCAAAACACAUUGAAGUUGGUUACUAAGAAAGGUGAAUUAUUGGACUCUAGACUGAACGAGUUGUUUGUGAAAACAGAGAUGCUUUGUUUAAGUGUUGAUGAUAUGAAUGAUCUUGGUGAUCUUGAUGUGAAGUCCUCACGUUUUCCUCAACCCUCAUCAUUCAAAAUUCUAAGAGUCCUUGUCGUUUCCAUGUGUGCUGAGUUGAGAUACCUUUUCACAAUUGGUGUAGCCAAAGAUUUGUCAAAUCUAGAGCAUCUUGAAGUUGAUUCAUGUGAUAAUAUGGAAGAACUCAUCUGUAGUGAGAAUGCUGGAAAAAAGACAAUUACUUUCUUAAAGCUGAAAGUUUUAUGUUUGUUUGGGCUACCAAAGCUAUCGGGUUUGUGCCAUAAUGUGAACAGAAUUGAGUUAUUACAACUCGUGGAGUUGAAACUUAGCAGAAUUGGAAAUAUCACAAGCAUUUAUCCCAAGAAUAAGCUGGAAACAUCCUGUUUUUUGAAGGCAGAGGUUCUAGUUCCUAAGUUGGAGAAAUUGUCUAUUAUUCAUAUGGAUAAUUUGAAGGAGAUAUGGCCUUGUGACUUUAGGACGAGUGAUGAAGUUAAUCUGAGAGAGAUUUAUGUGAAUAGUUGCGAUAAACUUAUGAAUUUGUUUCCAUGCAAUCCCAUGCCUCUGCUACAUCAUCUUCAAGAGCUUCAAGUCAAGUGGUGUGGUUCCAUUGAAGUCUUAUUCAACAUCGAUUUGGAUUGUGCUGGUGAAAUUGGAGAAGGCGGCAUCAAAACCAACUUGAGAAGCAUUGAAGUAGACUGUUUAGGGAAGCUAAGAGAGGUGUGGAGGAUAAAAGGUGAUCAAGUUAACUCUGGUGUCAACAUCCGUAGCUUUCAAGCUGUUGAAAAAAUAAUGGUUAAACGAUGUAAGAGGUUCAGAAAUUUAUUCACACCUACCGGUGCCAAUUUUGAUCUGGGGGCACUUAUGGAGAUUUCGAUCGAAGAUUGCGGAGGAGAAAGAGGGAUAUUCAAUGAAUCGGAAAAGAGUAGCCAAGAGGAAAAGCAAGAGAUUGGUAUUUCAUUCCUAUCGUGUCUCACACACUCUUCCCAGAACCUCCACAAACUCAAAUUGAUGAAAUGUCAAGGAGUGGAUGUGGUGUUUGAGAUAGAGAGUCCAACAAGUAGAGAAUUGGUAACAACUCACCAUAAUCAAGAAAUAGUACUUCCCUACCUUGAGGAUCUAUAUAUCCGUUAUAUGAACAACAUGAGUCAUGUGUGGAAGUGUAACUGGAAUAAAUUUGUCACUCUUCCAAAAGAACAAUCAGAAUCCCCAUUCUACAACCUCACAACCAUAUACAUGUAUGGGUGCAGAAGAAUUAAGUACUUGUUUUCACCUCUCAUGGCAAAACUUCUUUCCAACCUAAAGAAAGUCCAUAUAGAGUUUUGUGAUGGUAUUGAAGAAGUUGUUUCAAACAGAGAUGAUAAGGAUGAAGAAAUGACUACAUUUACCAACACAAGUACCAUCUUGUUCCCUCAUCUUGAUUCUCUCCAUCUUAGUAGCUUAAAAACUCUCAAACAUAUCGGUGGUGGUGGUGGUGCGAAAUUUUGGAACAAUGAAUUAUCUUUUGACAAUACCAUUAUAACUACCACCCUUGAUCAAUCUAAGUCUUCUGAAGCAGGUGGUGUUUUUUGGAGCUUAUGCCAAUACUCUAGAGAGAUAGAAAUAUCACGGUGUAAUGCAUUGUCAAGUGUGAUUCCAUGUUAUGCAGCAGGACAAAGCCAAAAGCUUCAAGUGCUGAAAAUAAAGUUUUGCAAUGGGAUGAAGGAGGUAUUUGAAACUCAAGAGACAAGCAGCAACAAAAGUGGUUGUGAUGAAGGUAAAGGUGGUACACCAACACCAGCAAUUCCAAGAAUAAAUGAUGCUAUUGUCCCUAAACUUCCAUACCUAAAGAUAUUGGAAAUCGUAAGUUGUGAGGGUUUGGAACAUAUAUUCACAUUCUCUGCACUUGAAAGCCUCAGACAUCUCAAAAAGUUAAAGAUAUGGAAUUGCAAGGCAAUGAAAGUGAUUGUGAAGAGGGAAGAAUAUGCAUCAGCAUCAUCAUCAAAGAAGGUUGUGGUCUUUCCUCGUCUGAAAUCUAUUGUACUAAAAGCUCUACCAGAGCUGGUGGGUUUCUUCUUGGGGAUGAAUGAGUUCCGGUGGCCAUUAUUGGAUGAAGUUGUGAUCGAGAAAUGCCCAAAAAUGAUAGUGUUUGCAUCUGGUGGGUCCACAGCUCCCAAACUCAAGUCUAUAAAAACAACCUUUGGUAUAUAUAGUGUUGAUCAACAUGGUCUGAACUUUCAGACCACAUUCCCUCCUACUUCAGAAAGGACACCUUGGUCUUUUCAUAAGUUGAUUGAAUUAGAUGUGAAACAUAGUCAUGAUGUUAAAAAGAUUAUUCCAUCUAGUGAGUUGCUGCAACUGCAAAAGCUGGGAAAGAUUCGUGUGAGUGGUUGUAAGAUGGUAGAGGAGGUAUUUGAAGCAUUGGAAGAAUCAGGGAGAAAUAGAAAUAGUAGUAGUGGACGUGGUUUUGAUGAAUCGUCACAAACUACUACUACUCUUAUCAAUCCUCCAAACCUAACACAACUGGAGUUAGUGGGAUUAGAUCGUUUAAGGAAUCUAUGGAAGAGAAAUCAAUGGACAGUGUUUGAGUUUCCAAACCUAACAAGAGUUGAAAUUAGUGAAUGUGAUAGGUUAGAACAUGUGUUUACUAGUUCCAUGGUUGGUAGUCUAUUGCAACUCCAAGAGCUAUGUAUAAAGGACUGCGGGCAUAUGGAGGAGGUCAUUGUUGUAAAAGCAGAAGAAGAAUCUGAUGACAAGACGAAUGAGACACUUGUGUUACCUCGUCUAAACUCCUUAACACUUAAAAGUCUUCCACGUCUUAAGGCGUUUAGCUUGGGAAAGGAGGAUUUUUCAUUACCCUUAUUAGAUUCUUUGGCAAUCAGCUACUGCCCAGCAAUGACGACUUUCACCAAGGGAAAUUCCACUACUCCACAGCUAAAAGAAAUAGAAAUAAAUUAUAACUCGUUUUAUGCAGGGGAAGACAUCAACUCCUUUAUAAAGAUGAACAAGAGGAAUUCAGAAAAGAGAAAGACUGAUUAAAGUCAAGUGCAUAUUAAAGUGUUAGCCAUCUAAACCAAACAACUAUGCCACCAGUAUUCAAGGGGAAAAUUGUUGAUCAUCUAAAUAAGAUCUGAAGAAGAACACGGUUGCUAUGAAGAUGUUCACGAAUGAGGAAAAAAUGUGUAAAACUAAUAACAAGAUACAUGUUGAUUUAAGUAUGUUAGUUGAAGAUAUUAAUUUUAAUAUUUAAAAUUUUUUUGUUAUCAUUACGUGGGUUUACGAGUGUUAAUGCGAUGAUGAGUGACUUAAGCUAGAUUAUGUUGUAGUAGAUGUUGGACUCAAUUACAGAAAAAUAGCAAUUGGUUGUGAAAAAUAUAUGCAAAAUACAAUAGCGAAAUACUGGAAACUUAAAUGAUUAGAUUAAAAUUUUUAAUGAAAAUAUUACAAAACUAAGAGCUUUUUCACUACUAGAAACAGGGGUAUCAGCGACGGUCAAUUCCGUUGCAUCCGUCGCUGAAGGCCAUCAGCGACGGAAUUUGCCAGUCGAAAAAACCCUUGUUGCUAAUUGUCAGCGAUGGACUAGCGACGGAUUUAGCGACAGAUUAUUGACAGAUUAGCGAUGACACAAACUGUUCAGGAGCCUCUAGAUUCCGUCACAAAUCUGUCGCUAAUCCGUCGCUGUUGGAUUAUUUAGCUGUCGAAUACCUUGUUGGGAAAGCUUUAAAAACCAGUGGAUUCUGUCGCAAUUUCUAUAGCUAAUUACAUUUAUAGCAAUAAUUUUGUUGUUCUAAAUAUAUAACCAGAAUCUACAAAAUGAAACUCAAUGCAUACAAUAAACUAUAAUUAAAAUUCAAGUACUAAAUUAGCUAAUAAUAUUUGACUAGCAAAAUGAAAAAAUUAAUAC